AUGAUUGACAUUAAAAACUCAUCAACUGAUUAUUUACGUGAUCGAACAACUGGGACGUUUAAUAAUAUUUCAAUGCUUUUUGCAGACUCUUCCUACAAAUCAUCAUGGGGUGCUCAUACUUCGCAAACACCAGCAUAUCCAACGAAUACAUUGACAACAGUUAGCGUCGGAAAAUCAUCAUUGGACUCACAUUCACAUUUUAGACAGCCAGAUCCAUAUCAAAUGUUUGGAGCUACAAGCAGCAGAUUAGCGAGUUCAGGUUCCGGCCAAAUUCAGUUGUGGCAAUUUUUGUUAGAGUUAUUAAGCGAUUCAGCAAACGCAGGCUGUAUAACUUGGGAGGGUACAAACGGAGAGUUUAAAUUAACUGAUCCCGAUGAAGUGGCAAGACGAUGGGGAGAAAGAAAAUCAAAACCAAAUAUGAACUAUGAUAAGCUAAGUAGAGCAUUAAGAUACUAUUACGAUAAGAACAUAAUGACCAAGGUUCACGGAAAACGUUACGCAUAUAAAUUUGACUUUGCUGGUCUAGCAGCAGCAACUCAGCCCCAAGCAACAGAUGCCUCGUACAAGUAUCAAAGUGAUUUAUUUAUGUCACCAUAUCAUGGAGCUGCAAAGUUAAGUUCCUUUAUGUCGCCGCAUCACAGUAUGACAUCAUCCUCGGCAUCGAUUUUUCCGUCGUCGUUAGGAUAUAGCAAUUGGGGAAGUCCCACAAAUUUGUAUCCGCCACAUUCAAUGAGUCAUGUAACUUCGUCUCAUGUGAGCCCACAUCUGGGCUCCUAUUCACAUCACUACGCAUGACAAUCACACACAGCCGCAAAUCAUCAGGUGGACAACUUUGAACUUUACAAAAAACUAUCCCCUUAUGAAUAACAUUAAUUUCUAUCAGUGAAAUGAAAAUUCCCAUAUAUUCAAAUAUUUUUGUUGAUAUUUUAUUAUUUCGUUUGCUUAGUUAAGUUGAGGGACAUAUUUCUUUUGUAAAUAUUACAAGACUCACCUGGUUGAUCUCACACAAAAAGUUUCGUAAAAAUAGUCUCCUAUGUAUCUAAGUAAGAAUUUUAAAUUGCCGAGAAAGAAAACAAUCAAUGCAUUUUUAAAAAUUCUCGAGUCAAAGAAGACUUCCAUUUGAAGUCAUACAAAUUUUGCAC